AUGGAAAGCGACAAGGCAAGGCAGCCAUGCUGGAGUGAGAAGGCGGAGCAAGAAAUCGCGGAGCUUGUGGAACGGCCGAAUGCGGAAGACGAUCAUGACGCAGAUGACGACGAUGAUGAGGGCGACGGCGGCGAUGAAGUAAGAAGCGGGGGAGGGGGAAGUAGUCACCUCACUGCUCAAGUGAUUGGUCAUCAACGCAAUCAAGGGUAUCUUGCGUACGAGGAAAUCGCGGAUGUUGCGGCACACCGGGAAGCGGAAGAUGCACAGGUCGAGCAGGAUGAUGGCGACGAUGAUGGCAACGAUGACGGCGGCGAUGGCGGAGUAGGGAGGGGGGGAAGGACCGAUGGAAGGAACGGGAGGCGGAAGAACAGGGGCUUUGCAGAAUUCAGGCUGAUCUUUACAUUUUUGCAGACAACAUUUACAUCCACAUUUGUACUCGUUGCCUUUACAUUUGGUUGGACAAUCGAAAGUAGCGCACUCGUAAAGUUUCUUGCCUCCCUUGCGCAUCCAGACAAGCCCUAA